UUUUCCUCUUGCUUUGUCAUUCUGUUGAAUGUGGUGAAGUCAUAUAUUUCAGACACGGGUAUUUACUGCAUUCACACUCCUGUCCAGAAGAGCGGGAACACAGACACAAACGCUAACCCACCUCUGCUCACCUGAGACAACAACACAAAGAUUGACAUGUCAAACAGAGGUCAAAGCUAUGGUAUGAGCCGUGAGGUUCAGAAUAAGAUUGAUGAGAAAUACGACCAAGAACUGGAGGAAAGGCUGGUGGAAUGGAUAAUGUGUCAGUGUGGCUCUGGUGUGGAGCGGCCUGAGCCCGGCAGGGUCGGCUUCCAAACGUGGCUCAAGGACGGAUGUGUGCUGUGUGAACUCAUCAACAGCCUGUCUGGAGCCAACAAGCCCAUCAGAGUUAUCAAGAGCUCCACCAUGCCUUUUAAACAGAUGGAGCAAAUCUCCUUGUUCCUCCACGCUGUGGAUAGCUAUGGAGUCACUAAAGCGGAUAUGUUCCAGACUGUGGACCUUUAUGAAGGCACAGACAUGGUUUCUGUCCAGAGGACUCUGAUUGCUCUGGUGAGGAAGAGUAUGAACAAUUUGAAUUACAAAGGAGAUCCCCAUUUUCUGAGUUUCUUAGAGAAACAAGAGAACAGGUGGGAUUUCUCAGAGGAACAGCUGAGCCAAGGCAAAAAUGUCAUUGGCCUGCAAAUGGGCCCAAAUCAAGGAGCAUCUCAAUCUGGAAUGACACCCUAUGGUCUAACCAGGCAGAUUGAGGACAACCCCUGAAGCCAAGCACUGCUGCUACCAACACACUCCUCCUCUCUGUCCUCUAAAACACAUGGAGAACAAACUCUGACUCUUACCUUGGUACCUUAACUGGACCAAAACAGGGACCAGUGAGAAUAUGCACACAUGUACACACACGCACAUGUACGCACACACACACACACAUACAAACACAAAUUCCAUAUUGUCCAUAAGUUUUAUCUUAAUCUUUUAAGCCAUUGAAUACAUCUUACAUCAUCAUUUAUUUUUUUCAAAUAAAAAUCAACUCAAUCGUCAGAGACUUGUAACUCGCUUAAGCUACAUAAUUCAUCAUAUUCAACUUAAAGUUUAUUAUUUCUAUCUAAUAAAACAUUUGGUCACUUA